UCACGGCGCAGAGUGGCUUCACAAGAUGGCGGCGCGCAGGGAGCGUAGCAUCUGCGUUUCUAGGAGCUUGGCUGUGUGCGUGUGUUAGGAUCCUGGGCUUGUGCAGGCCCCAGCUACACGCACCGUCCGGCAGCUACAUUGGCUUACGAGAUGGCUCUAAGCAAAUCGAUGCAUGCAAGAAAUAGAUACAAGGACAAGCCACCGGAUUUUGCAUAUCUGGCAUCCAAAUAUCCAGAUUUUAAGCAGCAUAUUCAGAUAAAUCUGAGUGGGAGAGUAAGUCUUAAUUUCAAAGACCCUGAAGCAGUCAGAGCUCUGACUUGUACUCUCCUAAGAGAAGACUUUGGACUUUCUAUUGAUAUUCCUUUAGAGAGACUAAUUCCUACAGUUCCCUUAAGACUCAACUAUAUUCACUGGGUAGAAGAUCUGAUUGGUCACCAGGCCUCUGACAAAAGCACUCUCCGAAGAGGAAUUGACAUAGGUACUGGGGCGUCCUGCAUUUAUCCCUUACUUGGAGCAACCUUAAAUGGCUGGUAUUUCCUGGCAACAGAAGUGGAUGACAUGUGCUUCAAUUACGCCAAGAAAAAUGUGGAACAGAAUAACCUAUCUGAUCUCAUUAAAGUGGUAAAAGUGCCACAGAAGACACUCCUAAUGGAUGCACUUAAAGAAGAGUCUGAGAUAAUCUAUGACUUCUGCAUGUGCAAUCCUCCCUUUUUUGCUAAUGAGUUGGAAGCCCAGGGUGUAAACUCUCGGAAUUCUCGACGACCUCCCCCAAGUUCCGUAAAUACAGGAGGCAUCACAGAAAUCAUGGCAGAAGGAGGUGAACUAGAAUUUGUUAAAAGGAUAAUCCAUGAUAGUUUACAACUUAAAAAAAGAUUAAGGUGGUAUAGCUGUAUGCUGGGGAAGAAAUGCAGUCUGGCUCCACUGAAGGAAGAGCUGAGAAUCCAAGGGGUUCCUAAAGUCACCUUCACGGAGUUCUGUCAAGGCAGGACAAUGAGAUGGGCCUUAGCUUGGAGUUUUUAUGAUGAUGUCAAUGUACCGUCACCUCCAAGUAAACGAAGAAAAUUAGAAAAGCCAAGGAAACCCAUUACAUUUGUGGUGUUGGAGUCUGUGAUGAAAGAAUUAUCCCUCAAAGCCUCAACCUUGGGCUCUGAGACAGUGGAAGGCAUAGGAGUUGUGACAACGUGGAUAGAAAGAAUCCUCACUGAUCUGAAGGUCCACCAUAAACGAAUUCCAUGUGGAAAAGGAGAAGUUAGCAUUUUCCUGACAGCCAUAGAAAACUCUUGGAUUCAUUUAAGGCGGAAGAGAAGAGAGCGAGUGAGACAACUAAGGGAGGUGCCCCGAGCACCUGAGGAUGUUAUCCUAGCCUUGGAGGAGAGAAAGUCUACUCCCAAAGAGUUGAGUAGCCAAGAUGUGGCCCCAUGCUCCCAGGAGAAUGCCUUAUGUGGCCUUGCUGUACCGGAAGGCGAGUCUGCCACUGUUGGUGGCCAUGGCCUCAACCAGGAGUCAUUUUGCCAGGAGGAAACUCCAGAAGCCAUGGAAGAUGAAAGGAGUGAGGAAAGGGGAGGGAUGGAGGUCAUGGAAAGUUGUAAAGGCUCUAGCAAUGGAGCCCAGGACCGAGAGGCUCCAGAGAAGGGAGACCACCUGGAUGGAGCUGCUGGACGUUACCUGUUUAAGUGCCUAAUCAACAUCAAGAAGGAAGUAGACGGCGCCUUAGUUGAAAUGCAUUGGGUUGAGGGCCAGAACAGGGAUUUGAUGAACCAGCUUUGCACCUACAUACGUAACCAAAUUUUGAAGCUUGUUGCUAGUUAAUUCUUAAUUUCUUCUACAGUUAGAAAAGUGUCUGUAUAUGGCUGGGGAUAUGGUACAAUGACUGUAUGUGCUUCGUAUGCAGAAGGCACCCUGGGUUGAGUCCCUAACAUCUAGCAUCAAUACAAAAAAAACCCCACAAAAAGUAAACGAUAAAGUAGCUUUGGAGGUAGAGCCUAUUGGGAAGCCAGAGGAAUUUCACCACUGGUCCAUUGGUGACACCAUGUGGAAUCAUGUUACAAAGCAGAAAUUUAGUUCAAUGUGAUCUCUAACACGUACAAUCCCAAUACUUGAAGGCUGAGGCAGGAUGAUUGCUGUGAGUUUAAUGUCAGCCCAUGAUACAGAGAAAGACACUUGUUUAAAUAAAAA